AUGGCUUCUUCUCAACCCAUUUCCAGCAUCGCCAUGGCCCUGGCUGGCAAGACCAUGACCGCCUCGGUCGAUAUCCCUCAUUCUCCUGCUGGCGCCGGCGCUCGCAAGUCGGCAUCGCGCCUGGCUCAACCCGCGAUGCUGCCCACGCCACCCAACUCCAUCUCACCCACCCUCCCCCCACAGGCCUUCAAGAAUCGCCCCGCCCUCUCCCCCGGAUCGCCCUUGUCCACCGUGCCUCAGGUGGACUCGGAUAUCGAUUUGCAGGACGCGGUCGAUCAUGCCCACAGCCCCCAUCACCCUGACACGUCGGCUCAGGACGACUUUGACCAUGCCGGCGCAAUCACGCCUGCCAUGUUGGCGCGUCACCAUCUGCCCGAGAUUCUGCUGCAGCAGGGUCCUCUUGCCAUCCGCCACAUCAUGGGCUUCCUGACCACCUCGGUGCCCGGUUUCUCACGCAUCCCCCCAGCCAAGGCGCGUCGUCUGGUCGUCGCUGCGCUCGAGGGUCGCGGACACGGCACGGGAGCGGGUGGCGUGAAAGGGGACGUGCUGUUUGAAAAGGUGGGUUGGGGUCGCUGGGAAGCGCGUCGUCGCGGCGAAUCGCCUCGCGAUCGGGAACGCUCCUGCGCCGUCUCGUCGCCCCCGUCCAGUCUGGCCGAUUCCUUCCAGCAACGCGGUCUGCAGAUCGAGGGCCGGCGCGGGUCCACCUGGUCCGCGGUACGCAAUCAGUACGGCAUGAGCAUGGCCGAGUCCACCGCUUUCUCCUUCGCCGACGACUACGCGACGCGGGAGGACUUGGACAUGCUCGAGCACGAGGCCGACAAGAUGUCGCUGGAUGGCGACGACGAGGACGGCCGAGCGUAUUGCUCGUCCUCGGAGGCGCCGGACGAGGAUGUGCCGGAGGACCAGUGGGACGAAGGGGACGUGACCGACGAAGAGGAUUGGGCGCAGAUUGGCGCGGAAGCCCUGCGCGCUCGUUCCAUGAACGGUGGUGGUGGUUUCGUGCGAAACUGCAACCUGUCGGCGCCCCGCACUUUCGAUACUCAGGAACGCGCCGCGGUGGAAGCCCUGCUCAGCCUGGGCUCGAUGUAA